AUGUCGGCUAGCUUGCUUGAGGAACUCACGACAGCCCAGAACGAGGUCGGAAGAUGGGCCCUUGGCAUCCCUUACUCGGCCGUCGCUACCCCAUUUGUUGAUGGGGAACUGGGCUGGUCGCCUUUCAUAGCUCGGGAGGCACAAAAACGUCAUCUCUAUCCUGAGUCACCUCCGCUCAUUAUGAUAAGCGCAUUCCAAGUCGGCAAGAAGGGCUGGGAUUCGGAAGCCGCGACCACCGCGGUGAGGAAAGCCAGAGAGCCCGGCAUCUGUGAACGAAACUGCAUCGACUCCUGUUUCGCCCCACUAGGAAGCGUCGACGGACUUGACGCCACGGAUGUGCUCCCUCGGCUGCCGGAGCUGUACGGCACUCCCCACUCGCGCCUGAGCCGAGAGACUUCGCCGAAACUCUCAGAAGCGACCUACAAGGUCACCUGGAAAUCGGAAGGUAUCCGCUGCCUGCUGCUGAUUACGAAUCCAGGCGUCGCGUACCUCUUGGACGAGCGGAACGAAGCCCACCGAGUUUCCGGCUUGACUUUCCCCUACUCGGUGAACACCUCGAAGCAGAUUUUCACUACGCGGCUCGACGGGGAACUCGUGUUCGACCAAGACGCGGGACGCCUCGAAACCCUCUUCACGACUCUAUUCGAUGGGAAAUUGGUGUUCGAUCUGGACGGAGGGAUAUGUAGACCUUGCUAUCUCAUCCACGACAUCAUUCAUUUCCGUCUUCUGAAAAUGUGGAAGAUGGACUUCAGCGAGCGAGAGUGGUGCAUCCAGAGGGAUCCGCAAUCAGCCAACAGAGCAGAAUCUGCCUUGCAGAACUCGCUCCUCGAGACGGAUCAACUUGCGA